CGUCAGAAGAGAGGUUGAGCGAGGGUUAACGCCCACUUUCGCACCCGGAACUGGGACCCAAACGGUCAAAGUGAUUCCUCUUCUCCAUACACGAUCUUUGUGGUGACGCAACGGCUGCCUGUGUGCGUGAACAUGGCGAACAUUCGGAGUGUCAAGGGCAUGGUGGGCCUGGUGACAGGCGGUGCGUCUGGUUUGGGCCGGGCCACUGUGGAGCGUCUGGUGCAGAAUGGAGCGUCUGCUGUGAUCCUGGACCUCCCCUCCUCUGAGGGAGCGGCUCUGGCCAGCAGCCUGGGUGACCGCUGUGCCUUUGCACCCGCAGAUGUGACAUCAGAGGCAGAUGUGCGGUCAGCGGUUUCUCUGGCCAGAGAGAAGUUUGGGAAGCUGGACCUGGCUGUGAACUGCGCCGGCAUCGCUGUGGCUGUCAAGACCUACAACUUUAAGAAGGACCUCCCUCACAGCCUGGAGGACUUCCAGCGUGUUAUCACUGUGAACAUUGCAGGAACCUUUAAUGUGAUCCGCCUGGCUGUGGGUGAGAUGGGGAAGAACGAGCCGGAUGCAGACGGACACAGAGGCUGCAUCAUCAACACUGCCAGCGUGGCGGCCUUCGAUGGACAGGUGGGCCAAGCUGCUUAUUCAGCCUCCAAAGGCGGCAUCGUUGGAAUGACCCUCCCCAUCGCCAGAGAUCUGGCACCCAUGGGCAUCAGAGUCGUCACCAUAGCACCUGGUCUGUUUUCCACUCCUCUGCUGGCCGGGCUUCCAGAGAAGGUGCGCUCCUUCCUCGCUCGCCAGGUGCCCUUCCCGUCGCGUCUGGGAGACCCUGCCGAGUUCGCCCACAUGGUGACAUCACUGGCCGAGAACCCCAUGAUCAACGGAGAGGUCAUCAGACUGGACGGAGCCAUCCGCAUGCAGCCCUGAGACACAUGAAGUGUGUGUGUGUGUGUAUAUACGUGUGUGACCCAAUGAAAACCCAGGUCGAUAUGGACUGCAGGUGAUUAUCAUCUGCUCCUCUAAUCAACACAAAACGAUGAAAACUGUGUGUGAGAGCGUGUGCAUGACUGCCUUCAUAAUUAAGGCAUUCAAAGCUGCAUACAGCAGCCACAAUUUCAGUGUGGGUCAUGAUCACCACUAUCACAAGUGUUUGUGUGAGUGUGUGUGUGUGUGUGUGUGUGUGUGUGUGUGUGUGUGUGUGUGGGUGAGAGAGAGAGCAUACGAAAGACUGUUUGUUUGAAAGUGCAUUAUUCAAAGCAUUGAAAUAUUUUAUGCACUCCACAUUGGUUGUUUUGUAAACAAAUCCAGAUGAUAAUAAACCUCUGAUGUGUUUGAAUAUCCA